AUGGCGGACGAGGAGGCCGAGCAGGACCGAAGUCCUGAGAACGGUAUCAGUGAAACGAUUGGGGAACUCAGACAACGGUUGCAACAACUGCAAGAAGUCGUGGUCAGAGAAAGCGCCGACUGCCCAGCCCAGUCCUCUUCUGAGUAUUGCCAAGAGUUUUGUAGGACACUGCUGGAGUAUGCAAGCCGUUGGAGGAUAGAGGAAGAGCCUUUGCCACUGGUGGAAGUGUACAUAGUCGCCCUACUGAGUUAUGCCCAGGCCUGUCAAUACCUCUCCCUGCAGUGUGAAAAUGUUCCUCUUGUGGUUGAGAGGCUCUCACUGAGUUUUGUGGAGCUUUUGCUCUCACUGAAGAAGGAUGUUCCAGAUGGCUUAUGGAAAAAAAUCAAGUCAUCUGUGCAGUUUGCCUACAGUGAGCUGCAGGAGAAAGGAAUUACUGAACUGUCCCUGCUGUCUGCUUUGGGCCAGUCUGAUGGCGUUUGGACCAACAGGAUCUUGCAAAGCCUUAUGUCCAAUGAAAACCCUCAAACCGAACAAGUUGAGGAGUUCCUGGUGCAGGAGGGGCCAGUCCUGCUGGAGAUGAGAGUGAAGCAGUUGAUGAAGGAGAAUCAGCUGGAGAAGGCUGCACUGCUGGCGAAGACGUGCUCCCAGUGUCCUGCCUUCCAAGGGAAGGGACCUUUCAAGCAGAUGUACCUCGUCUGCGUCUGUGCUACCUCAGAACAGGAUCAGCUGAUGGACGAGCUUUCAAAUGAGGACUGCCGCGAUGCGUUAGAGAUGAUCUGUAACCUAGAGUCGGAUGGAGACGAGAGGGCAGCUUUCAGUUUAUGCUCGGCCUUUCUGACCCGACAGCUUCUCCAAGGAGAUACAUACUGUGCAUGGGAGCUCACUUUGUUUUGGAGCAAACUGCUGAAGCGAUUAGAACCAUCAGAGCACGCCUUCCUUGACAGAUGCCGUCAGAUGUCCUUACUUUCCAAAACCAUGUACCACAUCCUGUUCCUCAUCAAGGUCAUCCAAUCAGAGAUGGACAGCGUUGGACUGCCAGUAUGCAUUGAAAUGUGUAUAAGGGCUCUGCGGAUAGAAUCAGGUGAUGGAAGCACCAAGGCCACUGUAUGUAAAACUAUUUCAUGUUUGCUUCCCACUGACUUGGAAGUCAAGCGAGCCUGCCAGCUGACAGAGUUCCUCUUGGAGCCCACAGUGGAUUCAUACUAUGCUGUGGAGACUCUUUACAAUGAACCUGAUCAAAAACUAGAGGAGGAGAGUAUGCCUGUUCCCAACUCACUACGCUGCGAACUUCUGCUGGUUUUUAAAACCCAGUGGCCUUUUGACCCGGAGUUCUGGGACUGGAAAACACUUAAGCGUCAUUGUCUAGCGCUAAUGGGUGAAGAAGCUUCAAUAGUAUCAUCUAUUGACUUGCUGAAUGAUACUGAGGACCCAGAAGAAGAGGAAGACUUCCCCGAUCAGGCAGAGUUAAAGAAUAUCCCGGAACACUUGGUCAGCGGCACCUAUGAACUAAAAGAUAUAACAGACAAGAGACAGAAAAACAGAGAAAUGAAGAAACUGAGAGAAAAAGGUUUCAUAUCUGCCAGGUUCAGGAACUGGCAGGCAUAUAUGCAGUACUGUGUGCUGUGUGACAAAGAGUUUCUCGGCCACAGGAUCGUACGCCAUGCACAGACUCAUCUGAGUGGUGGAGUAUACAGCUGCCCAAUAUGUGCUCAAACCUUUGCCUCAAAAGACUCAUUGAUUCCACAUGUAACAUCACAUGUAAAACAGUCGUGCAAGGAAAGGCUUACUGCAAUGAAAACAAACAAGAAAUUGGCCAAUCCUAAAACAGCUGCCCCUGUUAUUGCAGCAUUAAAGGCAAAGACAGAAAAUGAACUUUAUGAAAAUGCUGACUCAGUAGGACAAAACGGUGGGUUCAUUCAUAAUGUUCAGGCCAGGGUGGCUAAGUGUAACACGGAGAGUAGUGAGGACAAUGUGUGCCCUGUUGGAAAAUGCAGAAGGAGCUUCAAAUUUUUCAAAAAUCUUGUUGCACAUGUUAAAGCUCAUGGGGACAAUGAAGAAGCUAAAACUUUCCUUGAAAUGAGGAGCAAAAAGGUUAUUUGCCAGUACUGCCGCCGCCACUUUGUUAAUGUCACCCAUCUAAAUGAUCAUUUGCAGGUCCACUGUGGUGUGAAGCCUUACAUCUGUAUACAGUUGAACUGCAAGGCAAGUUUUCUGUCCAACUCUGAACUCCUCAUACACAGGAAAACACAUUCUGUUUUUAAGACUAGAUGCAUGUUUCCAAAUUGUGGAAAGAUUUUCAAUGAGGCCUUCAAACUCUAUGACCAUGAGGCACAACAUUAUAAAACUUUCACUUGUAAAGUUGUGGAAUGUGGAAAGGUAUUCCAUUCACAACAGCAACUGGAUUUGCACACGGAGAAGCAUGACACCCAAGAACAGGAAACCCCAUCUUCUGAACAGAUCUCUCAAAAUAUCAAGCCUGGCCCUUCACUAAUAGCACAAAUGCUUUCCAACCACACUCCAAUUAAGAAGGAGAAUUCCCAAGAAAACUGGAACACUGAAAGUGCUGUUAGUCCAGAUCAUGGAAAGCUGCCACUGUCCAUGGAGAGUUUGCUGAAUUCAUCACAAGCUCCUGUAGAAACCUUGGGACAAUACACAGACAAACAUGAACCACGAAAUACGCCUGUCUCAACCAGUCAGUCACAGAAGUUUAAUAAUUCUGUCAUUCAGCCUGUGAAUUCCCACUUUUCUGAUACUAACAGACACAGAGAUGGUUCCGGUCGUCAUACAUUUGAUUAUAUGAGACCACCCCAACAGAAUCAAACAGCACCUCCAUUUGAAGCUAAUUUGUGUAAUGUGUCACAUGACUACAAUGCAGAUGUCUCACAAGGCCAGCCACAAAUGUUCCUCAGUAAUGUAAAUAGUGGAUCAGUGAGUUACAACUCUGACUGCAACUUGCCAUUGCCAGGACAGCAAGGGCCAAUGUGUAGUAGUAACCCGGUAACAGUAACACCACUCCAAAACUCCAUAGAGCCCGCAAUGUCUCAACCACUUCCUCCCACAGUAACCCCACAGCCACCAACUGGCAACAGACCAGACAACUCUGUGGCAACCUCAGCCAGCACGGGUCCCCUCCCAGGACAGAGAGAGCGAUUUCACUGUGCAUUUGAAACCUGUACAAGGCACUACAGCUCCUGCAGAAGUGUUACCAAACAUAUGAAAACUGUUCACCCAGAUUUUUAUGAGCAAUGGAAAGUUACUCGAACUAAAUUCAAGACAACCUACGCUCCAGCACCAAGCACGUCAUCUGCCGGACAUCUCACUUCAGUUGCCUCACUUCAGAACCAGCAGAGCGACAGACCACCAGCUCAUGGCGUUCAGAGGCAAAAUGUUAUCCAGUCACCUGCUUGUACUUACAUGGGUGCAAGUGCAAAGUAUACUACCCAACAUUCCCAUUCCUCAUCUGUGCACAACCAGAAUGCUUCACUUAUGAUGGAAAAUGUUUCAAAUCCCAUUGUUCUCUCUCAGCUAAGAAGUGAUACAAAUCCAGAUAGUCAAAAUUGGCACUCAGUCCCUGGAAGGGAGCAAAUUCAAAACUGUGGUUCUUCCCAAGUUUAUCCAUCUAACAUGCAAGUGAUGCCACAAGUCGAUUCUACGAGUGCUGCCCCGCAACUCAGUGUCUCAUCUUGCUCUAUGAUGGGAGCAACAAUGAACAGACCAGCAGAGUCACCACUUAUGGAAAAUGGGCCCCAGUCUUUUCUGCCCUCAUACAUGGACGGUGCUAAGGAAGCAUCACAACAAGCCGAAGACCAUCUUCCACCAUAUACAUCACAGAUGCAAAGCAGUUUAGUUUCUGGUUCCACAGCCUCAGAAAAAACAAAAUCAAUACAAAAUCACGUGCAGUCCUUUUUCCCCCUUCCAGACAGUGCAAGCCAAAAAAACGCUAACAACCAACCUGAAAAUGGCCCAGUCAUCUCUGAAAACAGUUCUGAAAAUCAAAAGCGAGCCAAAAGAAACAAAAGGACCAAAUGGCCAGCUAUUCUGAGGGAUGGAAAAUUUGUUUGUCGCAGGUGUUUCAGACAAUUUGACAGUCCUAAAUCCCUCGGAGGCCAUUUGUCCAAGCGUGCAAUCUGUAAACCUUACGACGAGUCAGAACUUAACACAGACCUGCCAACGUCAUUUCUUGACCUUCUCAAUUCAGAGCAAACGGUUAGCACUGCUCAGCCACAGUUGUCUUAUAACCCUGCUGCCGUUUAUCAGGAGAAGCCCCAUCAGUCUGUACAAAAUGGUUCAACAGCACCAAAAGAUUACCCCACUCGUGAUUAUCCACAUGAUAAUUUGCCAGUUUAUGGGAAUGGGGAGUCAAAUGAUGACAUUCUUAAACAAAUCAUGGCUGAAUCCAACAUGUCUGAUCUUUUUGUGCACACGCCUGCUAUCCAGCCAUUGUUCCAAAACCUUUGUGCCCCCUAUGGAGCUGGUGAACGUUUGCCUGGGAGCUCAGUCAUACAGCAUACAGAAAAUGUCCAACUGAAGCGUGAGACCAACUCAUAUAGUGCAACCCAUUAUCCUCAGCCAAGUGUUGACACCUUUGCUGGAAGCAAAUUCCCUGAGCCACUUCUUUCCCAGAAUCUCAUAGAAAACCCUUCCACUGCUCUUCCUGGAAGUGUUCCCACAAACCACAGUGAAGGGUAUCACUCUGAGACAACCAUGCAGACACCAGAUCCACAUUCCAACCCAGUGAUGCAAGCACUGUUACCUGAUAGUCAGCUUAGUCUUGUAACAAGUGGCAAGCAGACUGAGACACAAAGGAAGAUAACUGAGCAAGAUAUUAAAAAGAGACUGCGGGAGCAGAUUUUGGCUGGCGACUUUCAACGUAGAAACAGCUUAUGUCAUUCAAGCAACACUGACACUAAUGCCAAUUCAAAGAAUCCCAUGUCCUUUGGCCCAAUGUGCAGUCCUAAUAAUUCUGGACUUCAUCAAAUGUCUUGUGAUGCAAAGAUUGACUCAGCAAGUGAAGGACAAGUCAUUCAAGACAGCUCUGCAAUCAUUCCAGGAACCUCUGAUGAAAUAGAACAACUACUUAACACACAGAGCUUUACUUGUUUUAGAGACACCUCUACCCCACAGCAGGAGGUACUGAGCCCCACUGGCAUCAUGGUAAAUGAUGCAGAUCUUGAGCCUGCUCAGUUAUCUACCAGCCAACAACAGUGGAUGACAGAAAUUCAAAGUGCAUUUGAAAGGCUUGACUUGGUUAGAGAAAUAUCUGAUCAGAUGUCAGCUUCCAUGAAACAAAAUGGCAAUGCUCCGAACAGCCAGAAAGGAUCGGCAAAGGAUGAUUUGCGUAGCUGUUCAGCAUCAUCCAACUUUGUCAAGCCAUUUGCAUGUGACACUGAGAACUGCACAUUUAGUUCCAUGUCAAGUGAAGCCCUUUGGAAACACCUAUCUAAAACUCACAACUACACUCUUGAGAUGGUGAAUGUGGUCAAAAAAAGGUAUGGCCAAUAUGCUCCUUUCAAGUGUCAAAAAUGUAGUAAAACAUUCACUCGUAACUCAAACCUUCGCACCCACUACCAGUCCGCUCACAAAUUAUCUGCUAAAGAAAUCGCAGACCUAGAUAUGAAGCGGAGACAGGCCAAAGCUGCUGCAGCUGCUGCUAUUCAAAGCCAGGCUCAAACCGCAAUGGCGAGCAGAACACGUCUGUAUCCACUCCAUGAUGCAGUAAAACGUGAUUGCACAUCACAGCCAUUUGUAUCAUGCACUAAGAUGGACAUAAAUAAUCAGAAAUUUCAAGAUGACAGUCGUUUCACAGUCAUUCAUCCUUUGCAAACUGCCAUGCCUUCCUCUCUCAAUAAACAAUCUGCUGUUAACAGUCAAGCAAUAGUUAAGCCAAGUGUAGAGAUUACUAAGAAGACAAAAGAGAAGAAAUCCAACUCAGGUGAUUCCAUGAGUCCAUACAGACCAUAUCGCUGCGUUCAUCAAGGUUGUGUGGCAGCGUUCACCAUCCAGCACAAUCUGAUCCUUCACUACAGGGCUGUUCACCAGUCUGCUUUGUCAGCAUUGGAGGUGAACAAAGAGCAUGACCAAAGCGAGGGACUGGAUGAAGUAAUAGACCACAAUGAGGAGGAACGAGAGGCAGAAAUCCCCCAAAUUUCUGAGUUUAGAUGCCAAGUCAAAGACUGCUCCCGAGUUUUCCAGGAAGUUCCCAACCUUUUGCAACAUUAUGUUCAGCUGCAUGAAUUCAGUCUUGAUAAGGUUGGGACUCUCUUGUCUGCCAUCAAGCUUGGCAAGUUUGCUUGUGGCCACCAAGGAUGCACAGCAUCCUUCACUGCUUUCUGGAACUAUAUAGGGCAUGUGAAAGAACAGCAUAAAGAUAUGAAGUUAGCCAAACCAGAACAAUUAAAUGGCUCAUUCAAGUGUGAAAUUGAAGGCUGUGACCGUUCAUAUGCCACAAAGUCAAACUUGUUGAGACAUGCCAUGAAAAAGCAUCAGGACUUGUACCAGCCCAAACUAAAGAACCAACGGAUAAAAAACGCAAUGAAGCACAGCUCUAAGACUUUGCAUUAUCAAAUUACCAAGUCAAGUAAUGGGAAGGAAAACAUAGAGAGCAAUAAAAAGAUCCUACAGAGGGGAAAUGACCCAAAGAGAAUUAGCAAGGCAAAAAAUCACUGGACUAAAUAUGGAAAACCUUCCUUGAAAUCUAAAGUGGAAGCAUCCUCAAUGUGCACUAAGAAAUUUCCUCUACAAUACCCGUGCAUGAUAAAAGGUUGUGAGUCAGUCAUGAAAUCGGAACGGAGCAUAUUGAAACAUUACAUGGGACAUGGACUGUCAGAAAAGUACCUGGAACAGCAAAGGAGUCAUUUCAUUUUUUGCAAAAAGUUCCCCAGGCAGAAGUGCCGCUCCAUCAGGAGUGAUGACUCCAAAUCAGACAACACCUCUGACCUGUCGGACAACGAGUUGACAGCAGACCCCGGCUUGGAAGGAGGGGAAUAUGAAUAUUCAAAGCCCGUCCUACGCAAAAGGGCCUCAGCGGGAAUCCCUGCUGCAUUGUUUGACAGCAAAUUGUCAAAUGAUGAAAGCUCAGAUGGCUCUGUGGUGCUCAAACGCAAACGAGGCCGUCCACGAAAACUGAUUGAAAAAAUUGUGAAGCGCAAGAAAAUUCCACGUACGACCAAGAUUGAUGUAGUGUACAGCAGGGAUGAUGAGUCAGACUCUUCUUGCCCUGCAGUAGUGCAGGAAGCUGAGCAGAGCGCUCCACUGGCCUCUUUUAAACCAAUGGGAUUUGAAAUGUCUUUCUUAAAGUUCCUGGAACAGUCAAAGUGUGAACACCCCUUGGCGAGAAAGGUUGAUGUGCCGGAAACAUGGAGAAAACCAUCCACUCCGAACACCAAAGACACCUGUGUCAGGUUCAGCAACCGUCAGAAUUUGAAGUCACUUAGUAAGGUUAAAAUAAUAAUAGACCGGACCUUUUCAGGUGUCACUGACCUCAUGUUGAAACAGCUGCAGGACAUGCAGCCCACAGUGAUGUUGGAAAAAAAUGACUAACUUAGUCUUUUUGCUGUUUCUAACAAGCAGAUUCUCAGGACUAGAAUGAGUCAAAUCUGCUGCAGACCGGUGCCCUACAUAUGACAUGUUUUUUACACAUCCCAUCGUUGAAAAAAGCAGUUGUUCUGACUUAUGCUGUAAAAUUGUCUGUAUUUUUUUUGUCUUUUUUAUAGAGUAGUGUAUAGCAUGUUUUUAUUUAUGGACUCUGAAGUCAAAAAGUAUCUGAAAAUUUUGCUGAAAUUCUAAGUGACAUCAGUUUUUGGUGUCUUAAUUAUCCCUGUGGGACUUUAAAAUGGACUUUGUUGGACUUUGAAUUGGAUUGUAUUGUUGUGUGUAGUUUGUGAUUUUAAGAUGUUCAUUAUUGUGCGUUAUGUAUAUAGUUUGAAAUCACUCACUGCCACCAGCAGUCUUACUAUUAAAUGAACAGUUUUUCUACAACCAGUUUGACUUGUAUUUCAUCAUUUGCCCUUUUCUUAGAUUACGUUGCAGUUUAGGAAUUCCUUUUAUGGUGUAAAGGUUGGAGCUGCU